AUGGUAUGUGUGGGGCAUAAGGUAAUGUAUGGGUAGGGUAAGGUAAGGUAAGGUAUGAUAAGGUAAGGUAUGAUAAGGUAAGGUAAGUUAAGGUAAGAUAAGGUAAGGUAAGGUAUGAUAAGGUAAAAUAAGGUAAGGCAAGGUAAGAUAACGUACGAUAAGGUAAGGUAGGGUAAUUUUUUUAAAACGACGUUUUUUUUUCAUAAAUACAAUUUCAGAUGACUGCCAAACAUCAGAACCUAACUGUACCGCCAAAUGUAAUGGCCAUGUUAACCUACACUUUUGAUCCUGACAAAACUCUUAUUGACCAACAAGUUAGAUUGAUUGUCAACAUUACCUACACCGACUCAAAUCAAAGGCCUUUUGUACACACUGUAUUUGACAAAACCAUCUCAAUACAAGAAGACAAGUACAUCGUAAAGUGGGAUACCAAAAAUUUGGUCCUUUUCAUGGUGACAUACAGUGUCACUUACCAAGUUUUCUCUUCAUUGAUGGCUAUGGUAAGAUUUACGGUUAUUUAAUAGAUGAUGAAAGGGGCGAAACGAAAAGAAGACAGGGAGGGAGAAGGUUAAAAACAGAGAGGAGGGGGAGGGUGGGGGCGUAGGAGAAUAGGUAAGGUAUCGUUUUCAAUUUUACAUACAGGAGGGUAGUGUAGGCCGGGGUAGGGUAGUGUAGGGCGGGGUAGGGUAGGUAUGGGUAGGGUAGGUCAGGGUUGGGUAGGGUAGUGUAGGCCGGGGUAGGGUAAGGUAGGUUAGGGUAGGGGAGGGGAGGGUAGGGUAGGGUAGUGUAGGCCGGGAUAGGGUAAGGUAGGGUAGGUUAUUGCAGGGUUGGGUAGGGUUAUUGCAGGGUUGGGUAGAGAUACGAUAGGGUAUAUAAGGUACUGUAGGGUAAGAUUGGGUAGGGUACGGUAAGGUGGAGUAGAGUAAAAUUUUUACAAAAAAUAGUGAUUUUAUAAUAUUUUUUUCCAGUGUUGUCCAUGGCUCAAAAGCAAAUUACGAAAACAUAAUCCACCUGGAGAAGAACCGAUUCUACCACAACAUAAUUCGCCAGCGAGGAAUCCAAUACGCCAAGAAAAUGUGCCGUUGGAUAAGAAUUUCAAUUGA